GCCACCCGUUGCCGCCUCCGCCGCCAGCGCGGCGUCGUGGUUACUAAGGAGUGGGUGGGAAGGCAGUAGUGGCAAGCGCUACCGUGGAGCAGGUCCGAGGUUCCCAAGAGGCUCUCUGGAGCGCAUCCCGACUGACCCGGACGUCGUCAACGCGAACCGUUCGGAGGCGGAAGAGACGCCGGAGGCAGGUAAAGAAACAGAUCAAGAACCAAAAAAAAAAGGAAAGCAAAGGGUCAUUUUCAGAGUCAAAGAUCAAGGAGAUGGCCUCUUCGGGAAUCUACAAGCUGGAUGAUGGGAAGCCUCACCUGAGUAACUGCUUUCCAGCCAAAAGCCUGCUUCGGAUACCAGAGGAAGGCCGAGGACACUGGUUAGUGACUCAGAAAGGUAGCAUUAAGAGGAAGCCUAAGAGUGUGGUUGAGGCACCUGCUAAAGGUCAGGAAAGCGAGAAGAAAGUUUCUUUUGAGACUGGGGGGAGGAAGGCAUCUCAGCAGGAAAGCCAAGUAGACAUUACUGGACACAUCCUGGACCAGGCUUUUCUGCUGAAGCAUCACUGUGUAAGGAAGCCGUCAGACCUUUGCAGUGUCAAUGUGAGUGGAAAAGGAUUCAAGCAUUUUAGUUCUGUGAUUUAUAAUGCCUCAGAAAACCUGCUGCCUCUAGAGGCAUUUCACACAUUUACGGCUUUAAAGGAACGGCUUGCAUUCAAUGGCAUCAAGACAGUCUAUGUGAAAUAUGGAGAUUUUAAGCCAUUGCAAUUCUUGGACCUUUCCUUCAAUAGCCUGACUACAGAGGCCGUUUGUGAUCUGGGGAUCUGCCACACCUACGUGUCCCCUGCCCUCACUGGCAAUGGGCUUACCUCCUUGCCACCCAGUUUGGCUGUUACAGAGCAGGAGGCAUCCGUAACAUCGUUGACAAGCAAGAAAUACAUCCUGAGGUUCCCAGCACUGGAGACACUGAUGCUGGAUGACAACAAACUCUCCAACCCCAACUGCUUUGCCAGCCUGGCCGGGCUCAGGAGACUGAAGAAGUUAAGCCUGGACCAAAACAAGAUUUUCCGGAUCCCGUACCUACAGCAGGUUCAGCUCCGUGAUGGGUCAGGGGACGGGGUUGGAGGCAGGGCAAGUCCCCAGAAAGAACCCCAAGCUGUGCUGCAGUCCAAGUCGUGGAUGUUUGAGGCCUCAGAUGCGCAACCAGAUUAUACCAUACUGCCCAUGAGAAAGGACGUUGACCGCACAGAGGUUGUGUUCUCAUCUUACCCUGGAUUUUCCACCUCAGAGACUACAAAGGUAUGUUCACUUCCUCCCAUAUUCGAGAUUCUUCCUGUGAAGUCACUGAAGGCCAGGAACCAGACGCUGGCCCCACCCUUCCCGGAGCUGAGGUACCUUAGCCUGGCCUACAACAAGAUUGCAAAGGAGGAUGCCAUCCUGCCAGUAGCUCUCUUCCCUUCUCUCCGCGAGCUCAUCUUUCAUAACAACCCUCUGGUGUCCCACACCCGAGGUGUCCCACCACUGCUAAAGAGCUUCCUCCAGGAGCGACUGGGGAUCCGCUUAAUUCGAAGGAAGCUAGUAAAGUCUAAGCAUCAUAUUUUGAUGCCUCGAAAGGAAUCAAGAAAGGUGAAAACCCGAGUCCCCAAGGCGAAGCAGCCUGUGAUGCCUCGUCACCUAAGCAUGACCACAGCUGAAUCUCCCUUAUGUGAUGUGCCAGAGCCAGAGGCAGGGCUGGCUGAUGAGCCUCCCCCUGCCAGAAGCACCGCUCAGGAACUUCAUCUGCCCAUUGAGGGCCCAGAAGGCCUUUCCCUGUCCCGCCGGCCCUUCGUGCCCAUGCCUCCCAUCUGCUCUGACUCCACUGUGCAUAGCGAAGAGACUGCAUCCUGCCCUAGUGACACAGUUGGCCGCCACAGCCCAGAUCACCUGUCAGAUGAGGACGCCAAGAGCACAGAGUCCAUCUUCCUGACCCAGGUGAGUGAGUUGCCUUCCUCCGUCAUCCACAGAGAUGACUUACAGGUAAAGGAGAAAGACCAAAGGAGACCACCAGCAGUGCCCAGAGAAGUACAGAGGACUCGGAGGAUGUUCCCAUCUGCCUCCACCCCCAGCAAGUACCACGGCUAUGAGGAGCUGCUGACAGCCAAACCUGACCCAGCCUUCACUGAGCCAAAAGGCAUCCAGAAGAACGCCCAGGCCCUGCAGCGCAUGCUCAAGUGCCCGCUUCUCUGCCGCUCUUCCAAGGCCAAGCUGGACGCGUUUCAGAAACCCUACAUCCCCAAGGAGAGGCGGGCUGUGAGGGUCCCGAUUCCACCCCCGCGGAAGACCCGUGCGCAGCUGCUGGACGACAUCCUCGUUCGCAUGCGGGACUCUCGGAACCUCACAGAGGCCCCGCUAGGCGCGGUGCUGCGCGGGCCCCCGGAGCAGCGCCUGGUGAACCAGAAGCAGUACUUGGAGGCCAAGCGGCUGCUGAAGGAGUUCCGGGCGCGCUACCGGCGGCUGGUGCGCGGCUCGCUGCGGAAGGUGUUCGGAGCCGGCCCGCCGCAACCCGCCCUCCCGGCGCUCGGCGAGGGCCAGCCCAAGUUCGGCCGCUUCCUCGAGUUCAUGGAUGAGUUCUGCCUGGAGCCCAUGGCCAGCGACUCACAAGGCUAGGGCAGUGCCCGGGUUCUCCGAGGCCUCAGCGCCCUUGACCACGCCUGGACGGCCGGGCCAGGCAAGGGCCUGGGCGCUUGGCUCCAUCUCGCUCGCUAAGCGCAGUGAGGAACUCAGGACCUCCCCGGGCCAGGCUGGGCCAGGCCGAACCUGGUGCCUGGUGCAGCAACAAUAAAGAAUGGUGCGUAAAGCAGUCGAGUGGGUGCCUGGCUCCUUGGAAGCCCCCCGGCCACAGCAGAGUUGUCACAGUUGGGAAGAAUCCCUGGAGGUGUCCUAUGGGGCCCCUCAUGCAUACAUUUGAGUCCCAUGCGUACAACAGCUGUGAUAAGUGAUAGAAAAUGGGGGUGAUGAAACAGAAAAGCCGGCAAAACCAAAGGCUUGAGGUCUUGCGUUUUUUUUGUGGGGCAGCUUUUUCACUUGGGAGGGAGAAGAUGGAACGUGCCGUUAAUCACAGGGCUAUGGUCACAGAUCCAGAAAGGAGAGGGGCUUACAUGGAGAUUUCAAGUAAUCUCCUUGCUGAAAGACACAAUGCAAAUGCACAUUGACUGUGUCUCCAGAACACCCCAGGGCUGAGCAGUCACCUGGGCUCCCAGUAAGUCAGGACAGGCUGAGGCUGCCCCAUUUUUGGUACGUGUGCGGGUCUACAGCACCUGCUACAGAGGAGGAUCUGGGGAAGACCACUGGGCUGGAUUCCAGGAUGCACAUUUGGGGAUGAAUACUGGAUGGGACCUCGUCACCUGGGUGGGUAACCUUUGCUUUCGAGGAUCCUGUCCUGGGGAAUGCCCGUAAUUCAGGCCUGGGUAACAGACCUGCAGUCCCUAGGAUCCAGGAAGCAGUGACACAAGAUUAUGGGUCCUCAGCAAGGCAGCUGAGCCUCCCACAGCCUAAACUGCAACUGUGCUGUUGUACUCAGCUCCACAGCCUCACACAGUGGCUGGUUAAAUGCCUGCCAUCAAGAUGCGGUGCUACCCAGACAUACAUAUACAUCUACCUUCAGGUAAUAAAAAUUCAAGUCACACCAAGGACAAAGGUACCUCUUACCCACUCACGCAGGCACUUGAACAGAUGCACAUAUGCAUGUGUACCACAGAGCCAGAGCCACAGCCACAGCCACGUGGCUGCUGCUGACCUACUAGCGUGGAUUUCCUGGGGUCCAAACCAGGCUUCCUCUACUGUUAGGAGAACCCAUUCCAAUAGUCACACUGCCAACCUCACCAGGUUCCAGUUCUGGAGCUCUUCCUGGACUGCUCCCUUCCACCAGAACCGUGACCACACCAUAGACUCUCAGGCCUGAAAACGCCAGACCCUGGACACUUCCAUGUGCCGAUUUCAAGACAGCUUCUGGACUCUUCCCCAAGUAGCUGAGCUAGGCUGUCCUGCCUAAGUCCCUUGGUGGUCUGCUUUUUGGCCAAGAGUAUAUCUGCUUCACUGUGAGAACAUUCUUAAAAAGCUGCACUUAACCUGGGCCAAACACCACUUUCUCAGUUAGACACCAGCUGAAUACAUUGCUUGACUCUCCUAGACUUGCUGAGUUGGUGAUAAUUUUUAAUUCCUUAUCUGAUUAGCUGUUUGUGAGAGUACUGACUCCUUUUCCCUCACACAACCAAAUGAUGGCAAUACAGAACCCCAAAAAUGAAGCCAUGGUACCCAGUGACUCUACUCCUGUAGGAAGGCCUAGCAAGAUCACAUGGCAGCUCAUGUCUCCUGUCCUUUCAGCUUCAACCUAGAUGUGUCCUUGAAGCCUUCCAUACUGAGCUGUUUUUCAAGUCACCCGAGAUGCCAGUGAGCACUCUGAGAGUCAAAUAUGGCUGAGAGAGAGAGGACGACUGAUGCAGAAGUAGAUUGUGCCUA